UUUCCUGCUUUCACUUAAAGACCUUAGUUGGGGCUGAAGAAAGGCAAUAGUAAAAUACAGAAUAACAGAGUUGGAAGGAACCUUGGAGGUUUUCUAGUCCCAACCUUUUGCCCAAGCAGGAGACCAUAUGAAAUGGUGAUAGGAUACACUGGUCCAAAUACAAAUGCGGUGGAUGAUAUGUUAGAUGUGGAAAAUAAGCGCAUGACAGAAAAUCUGGCCUCUAAAGUCACCCGGCUAAAAUCGCUUGCAUUGGACAUUGACAAAGAUGCUGAGGAUGAAAACCAGUACUUGAAUAAUAUGGAUUCUGAUUUUAUGAGUGUGACAGGUCUUCUCACAGGAAGCGUGAAGCGUUUCUCUACUAUGACUCGGUCAGGAAGGGACAACCGCAAGCUUCUCUGUUAUGUCUCUGGUGGACUGAUUCUUGUCUUCUUCAUCUUGUAUUAUUUGGUAACAAGAGCACGAACUUGAGGGAAAUUAAAGUUUUGUACUGGAUGUUAGUUGAAGUAAAAAAAGUGGUAAUGGAAAACAGCUGUGGAUGACCUUCAGAUGUAUAUCUUGGGAAGGAUUAUUUAAAUUUUCACAGUAACCCAGAAGCUCCUUUAUGGAUUACAGCAUGAUCUCUCCAUUCGGAACUCAUCUUUUUUCUUUAAAGGGGAUAUGAUGUUGUCCCUCUCUGCUUGAAAGCUCAAAUGCAACACAAUUCACUGAAAUGAAGCCUCUUUCCCUCUGCCCUUGUAUUAGCUUGCUGUCUUUACUUGGUGAAAGAAGAAGCAUAUUGGUGAUUUGCUUUCUGCAGUUUAUGGUUCAGCAGGAAAAUCCUGACAAUGUUUAGUAAAAAUGUUCUAAUACCCAUUUUAAUUGGGGAAAAAAGUGUUGCUUAAAAGACUGAUGUUGGAAUAUGUGCAUUUUUGAGAAGUAGUCUUGUCACAUUGGAAUGUCUUUUAAAGCAAAAUUACUUUAUUGUUUUAUUUUCAGAUAAACCAGCAGCUAUAAACAAUGGUCCUUGCUUGUUAACUCUCAAAGAGGUGUGUAGAAGAACAGAGUUCAACUUAAA